AUGCCAUUCAGACAGGCGUUUCAAGGUAUUCUCGAUAAGGCAGACAAGGCUUGGGAGGAAAUAAGCCAUCCGAACCCUCAGCCGGCACCCUCGUACAACAGCCCUCCCCCACCGCCUAUUCCAACCUCCACCAAACCACAAGUAGCUUAUCAGGAACAGCACUCGCAACCCCAGAUCUACUGGCAGCCCAACCUACAUCCUCAGGUACCGGUGUCCGCCAACUUUCACCACGAACAGGGUCAACACGGGUGGGGCAACAACGAGUCGCAGAAUUAUAUUGACAGCCCGCAAAACUCAUUCCAUUCAGCCCAAGGCGAUGCGGUGAUCGUGCGCGCUCUGAUCAACCAUGGGCAUCCCGACCCUGCCCAGAAAUUUACCAGUGCCAGACUAUCGAGUCUCCAGACCCUCAGCCGACCACGGGGCUGUCUAACGGCCAGAAUCACGGCGCCGGUGGCCCGAGGUAUCUGGCCUGCCUUUUGGCUGCUGCCUAAAGAUCCAUUUAAGUGGCCCGAGGAUGGCGAAAUCGAUAUAAUGGAGGCGUGGAACGGCAAUGCUGUCAACCAUACUUGUCUGCAUUGGGGCCACUUCAACGGCCAGGAUUGGAACAAGCAUCGCGUUCUGGAAACCCCCAUCCCAAAUAUUAGCUCGCCGGCGGGGGUGAGGUAUGAUUUCAUCUGGAACGAGGACGAAACAACAGGCAGGGGCCGCUUGGUUUGGUUGAUUGAUGGCAGAGCUAUAAUGAGGGCCGAGAAGCCGCCUGGAACGAGGAAGAUGAGUGAAUUCAGAAUUCUCAUCAACAUUGCUGUUGGAGGAAAUGUUUGUCAGGGUAACAUGCCCAGCGAUGGAUGCUACGAAACAGUGGUUCGUGAUUUGGCCAUGUGGGACGCGCCACCUGGAGGUUGGAACGAAUUUGACAGGGCUUGGAGGGAUUCCGAAGAGGGCAAUACCAUGUGA